AUGGCACCUCCACCAACAUCCGGACCCCUUCCUGAGAAUACUGGGGGACAUACCAUGGAGCUCGACAAAGGAAAGGCCACCGGCGUCACUGAAGAUGCUGCAUCCUGCCAAGAAGGACAGCUAGAGCUCCAGGCUAUGGCAGCCAGACCGAGACCAGCCACGCUCGACAGGUUCAAUGAUGCUGAGUUGGGACUUCUGAGCCAGAAACUCGUCCGUAAAAUCGAUCUGUUCAUCCUGCCGACGAUUGGGAUCUUGUACAUCUUGAACUAUAUCGACCGCCAGAACUUGGCAGCGGCUAAGCUACAGGGAAUCACCAAAGACCUGAACAUGACCACCGAACAGUUCGCCACUUCAAUUUCAAUCCUUUUCGUCGGGUACCUGCCAUUCCAGAUUCCUAGCAACCUCCUCAUUACGAAGAUCUCCCGGCCUGGAAUGUACAUCUGCGUUGCCGUGGUUAUCUGGGGCAGUAUUUCCGCUGCCACGGCGGCUGUGAACUCCUAUGGUCAGCUCCUUGCGGUGCGAGUCAUUCUUGGUGUGGUCGAAGCCGUCUUUUUCCCAGGAGCGAUCUAUUUCCUUUCGGCCUGGUACACCAAGCGAGAGCUCGGGAAGCGCAUCGCGGGGCUGUACAUUGCGCAGCAAGUUGGCAACGCCUUUGGUGGAUUGUUCGCCGCCGGAAUAGGGAAGCUCGAUGGAACACACGGCAUCGCGGGUUGGAGAUGGUUGUUUAUUAUCGAAGGGAGCGCCACGGUCGGCAUUGGGGUCAUCUGCGCCUGUCUCAUGCCAGAGUUCCCGCACAACAGUCGCAUACUGUCACAGCCGGAACGUGACCUGGCGGUGUGGCGGAUCGAGUCCGAAGCAGGGGCCGCAGAGGGCACGGAAAAGGAGAGCGUAGCGAGAGGCUUCGCGAAAGCUUUGUCGGAUCCCAAGUUGUUGCUUUUGAUCUUUUGCAACAUGCUUUCACAGGCCCAGGGUUCCAUUGCCAACUAUUUUCCGACCCUCAUCAACUCGCUCGGCUACGGAUCGACUGACAGCUUACUCCUCACAGCACCGCCUUACGUUCUGGCCGGCUUCGUCUACUACGGGAUCACGUUUUGGUCGGAUCGCAAGAACACGGUGUAUCCAAUCAUCCUGUGCUGCAUUUCGAUCGCCGUAUGCAUGUACAUCAUACCCAUGGCCACCACCAACGUCGGUGCACGAUACUUUUCAAUGAUGCUUUUGCCCUUCUCCUCGGUUGGUCCCCAGAUACUCCUCUACAAAACCAUCAAUCUCCACCUCGCGCGGCCGAUCUCAAAACGAGCAGCGGCUUCUGCCCUGGUCAAUGCCAUCGGAGGCACUUCAAACAUCUGGGCUUCGUAUCUGUACUAUUCGGCUCCGCACUUUUACGCCGCAUUUGCGACGUUGAUGGGCUGUGCAUUCGUAUUCGCAGCUACUCUCACCUUCUACCGCUACCUGAUUCUGCGUGAGAACAAACGCCUUGACUCGGGCAAUCCGCAGCAAAUCGCAAAAGCCAUGAAGGGUGGUGUGACACAGGAGAUGGUGGAUCUUGGCUGGCGUUACGAGAUGUACUGA